UUGAGCUCCAAAACUCUCACCCCCCAUCUCCUUUUCCUGUUCUUCUCCCAUUACUUCAAAAGGGGCACAAAGAAGGUCUCUUCCUUUCACAUUCGUUUUGGGCUUGUGUGGGUAGUUUUUUUUUUUGCUGUUUACCUGCUUUUUUUUGGGGGGGGUGGAUUUUGGGGAUUUAUUUUGAUUCUUGGAGAUGGGUACCGAAAGUCUUGCAAUCUUGCACACCAAUGGGUUCUCCAAGACCGGCAAUGAGGGUGAGAGGAAUGUGGAGGAGAGUCCUGCCGAUGGUUGCGUCUGGUUUGAGGAGCAGAUAGAUGAUGAUCUCAAAUGGUCUUUUACUUUGGAGAGAGUGCUACAUAGAGGGACAAGUGCUUAUCAGCAGAUAGCUCUUCUGGACACCAAGCGAUUUGGGAAGGUCUUGUUGAUAGAUGGGAAAAUGCAGAGUGCCGAAAAGGAUGAGUUCAUAUACCAUGAAUGCUUGAUUCACCCUCCUCUGUUAUGUCAUCCAAACCCAAAAACACUGUUUAUAAUGGGAGGGGGCGAGGGUUCAGCAGCAAGAGAAGCACUUAAGCACUUGUCAAUUGAAGAAGUGGUCAUGUGUGACAUCGACCAGGAAGUGGUCGAUUUUUGCAAGAAGCAUCUGACUGAAAAUCGUGAGGCCUUUUCUAGCGAGAAGCUGAAAUUAGUCAUAAACGACGCAAAGGCCGAGCUGGAGAGUAGGAAAGGUAAGUUUGACAUCAUAGUUGGAGAUCUAGCCGAUCCAGUUGAAGGAGGACCGUGCUAUCAGCUCUACACCAAGUCAUUCUACGAGAAGAUCAUCAAGCCUAAGCUCAAUAAGAAUGGCAUAUUUGUCACUCAGGCAGGACCAGCAGGCAUUUUCACCCACAAGGAGGUCUUCUCAUCGAUAUACAAUACAAUUAAGCAAGUUUUCAAAUAUGUCAUUCCUUAUACGGCCCAUGUGCCUUCUUUUGCUGAUACAUGGGGAUGGGUCAUGGCCUCCGAUGAACCGUUCUCUGUGGAUGCCAAGGAAAUUGAUAGGAGGAUAGAAAAGAGAAUCGACGGGGACCUGCUCUAUCUCACUGGUGCCUCAUUCCUUUCUUUGGCCACCCUGAACAAGAUGGUUUUGACCUCGCUUUUGAAGGAAACCCACGUCUACACAGAAGAAGAUGCAAGAUUUGUACAUGGACAUGGUGUGGCAUACCGCUGCUGAGGGGUCAAGCCUCGGUCUGAUGGGAAUGGCUGUACAGGAAAGGGAGAUCUUGAGUUGCUGUGAAAAAGAUUUAACCAUGAAUCUUAUUCAAAGGAAGAAAUCCAUCAAGCAAUUGUUAGAAGAAUCGACUUGCUGUUCAAAUCCGUCUCAUUUGUCCUUCCCCCAUAUGUUAGGCUUGCUUCAACUGUUUACAGAAAUCGAAAAAUCAAUGCUGAACUGAAUGAAAGCUUUUUCCCUUUGAUCCA